AUGGCCACAAAUUCGAACCUGACACAAGAAUCGUCUAACGAAGUGGUGAAUACUGAACAUGUUCUGAGCUCUCUAGAAAGGAUCAUUCUCACUGUUUUUCUGGUGACCAUCAUUACAAUGACUGUCUUUGGAAAUCUGCUGGUAAUGGUGGCUGUAUGUAAAGACAGACAGCUAAGGAAGAAGAAGACAAACUACUUCAUUGUGUCACUGGCAUUUGCCGAUCUCCUAGUUGCUCUUGUAGUUAUGCCGUUUGCAGCCAUAGAGCUGACCACAGGUCAGUGGAGAUACGGCGAGACUCUUUGCCUCGUCCGUACUUCACUGGAUGUUCUCCUCACCACUGCCUCUAUACUGCAUCUGUGCUGCAUAGCACUAGACAGGUACUAUGCUAUCUGCUGUCAGCCCCUGGUGUACAGAAAUAAGAUGACACCAAUAAGAGUCUCUUUGAUGUUGGGGGGAUGUUGGGUCAUCCCUUCUUUUAUCUCGUUCCUUCCCAUCAUGCAGAAUUGGAAUGCAAUUGGCAUUGAGGACAUUAUUGAAAACAGGAAAUUCAGCAACGUCACUAAUGAGACAUACUGCGUCUUUCUCGUGAACCGGCCCUACGCCCUGGUCUGCUCGGCGGUGGCUUUCUACGUGCCACUGGGACUGAUGGUCCUGGCCUAUCAGCGCAUUUACGUGACUGCCAUGGAGCACGCUCGACAGAUAGGCACUCUACAACGCGCUGGCUCAGCGCCCGAACAGUACUACGGCCACGACCAGCAGGGUCCGAGCCGAAUGAAGAUCGAAACCAAAGCGGCCAAAACGCUGGCGGUCAUCAUGGGAUGCUUCUGCCUCUGCUGGGCGCCGUUCUUCAUCACCAACGUAGUGGAUCCGUUCAUCCAGUACAGCGUCCCUGAGCAGAUGUGGACCGCGUGGCUGUGGCUGGGAUACAUUAACUCUGGCCUGAAUCCUUUUCUCUACGCCUUUCUGAACCGAGCUUUUCGAAGGGCUUUCCUCACCAUCUUGUGCUGCGGAGAUGAACGCUACGCACGGCAGGGCAGCUUCAGCCCCACCAGACCCUACUCUGCGUCCGUGAACGGUACGACAAUCGCUCUCAGGAACACAUGCUAUGAAGUAUCAUCACCAACUCUUCAGGAAUUGCUGAAAAACAGUAUCAGAGGACAAGCCCAUUGCAAUAGAUUGUCUUUUCUCCCAAACCGGAGUUACAGUGACAAUGGCAAACGGAUUUUGUCCAGUGAACUGGAAUCUCAGGAUUCGGUUGGUGUAAUAUAA